AUGCCAAGCUUUUCGAAUCUCACCCACAUGGCGGCACAGCAAGAGUCGCGAAUUCGGGACGAAGCAUUCCCCGUGGCGGUGCUAGACGACCGACGCUUCCGCAACCUGCUGCCCGACGCGGACGAGGCGGAAGGGCGGGCAGAUGGGGGAGAGCGGCGAGGAAGAGGAGAAGGGGGCGGGACAGGUGGAACUCUCGGGUCCGGGGAAGAGACCGGCGUAGAAGGCGGGGAAUUAGGCAGUGAAAUAGGCGCACGCGACGCGACACGUGUCGAGAGGCGAUUGGCGCUUCCUUUGGAGGAGGCGUUUCUUGGGGCCGGCCUUGCGCUCAAAGAUGAGGUGGUCCAUGCCACGUGGCAGCACCGCAGGCCUCCACGUGGCAGCAAGACAGACCCCUUCCUGUACACGGGCCUGCUGGGAACCGCCUUCGUGUGCCUGCGUGCCUUCCACGUCACUCGCAGCAGUGCUGACCUGGACCUCGCUGCUGACAUCACUCGAGCUGCAGCUGAGCUGGCAGAGCGUCAGCACCGCGUCUAUUAUUCUUUCUUUUGCGGGCAGCCCGGAAUAUUUGCCCUGGGGGCGGUCGUAGCCCACCUGCAGCGCCGCCAGCACGACAGUGAGAAGUUUCUGCGAAGGUUCCUCGACCUCGUCACUGAGGCACUUCCUGCGCUCUCCCAGCGCCCCUCCUCGACCAAUGACAUCGCACCAGCUGGCAUUCCCUACGAGCUGCUGUAUGGGCGGGCGGGCUUGCUAUGGGCGGCACUGUUUAUUCGGCAGCAUCUGGGGCGGGCUGCUGUUCCUGAUUCUCGCUACUGGGGAGCAGCACAUGGGCUGGCGGGAAUCGCCCACACGCUGCUGCUGGGGGCGGGGCACAUGGGGCAGGUGGGGCAGGUGGGACGAGUGGGCGAGGUAGCAGCAGCAGAAGCGGAGGAGGGGGCAGGGGAAGAGGGCAGGGAGGCAGCGGAAGAAGGGGGAGGGGAGGCAGUGGCAGUGUUGGAGUGGAUGGUGGGUGGCAGGCUGCCGAGCGGUAACUACCCCUCCAGUGACGAGAAACGCCUCGCUGCUGCUGGGUCACACCCGAGCAGGCAGCACCUGCUGGCAGCAGCAGUGGCGGCGGGCGAGGUAGCAUGGCAGCGGGGCCUGCUGCGCAAGAUGGGUCUGUGCCACGGCAUUGCUGGUAACGCCUAUGCCUUCCUCUCCCUCCACCGUGCUGCCUCCGCUCUCCACGCCACCAGCCUGCAGGAAACCACCACUUCUGCCCUGCCCCCUCCCAGCACCCACCUGCACAGAGCACACGCCUUUGCCGCCUUCCUCCUGGCCCACCGCCAGCGCCUCGCACAUGCCGCCCUGCUGCACUGCGGUGACCGCCCCUUCUCGCUCAUGGAGGGCCUGGGCGGCGUUGCUUGUCUCUUCCUGCACCUGGUUCGGCCUGAAGACGCACGAUUCCCAGGGUUUGAGCUGUGA